CUCACUGAAGGGAGACCAUAUCCUGGUCAGAAACCAGUUGAAAACAGAACUAUUCACAAUGAACACGAAAUUAAAAGCAUGAUGUAGUGGUGACCCAGAAGGAAUGUGGAUGCUUCUCCAGGACUCACAGAGACCCGUGGAUGAACUGUGCUUCUAGAUUUUACCUCCAGCUUCUCUGAGAGAAACAGGUCAAAAUGUGCAGGAGACACAUGAGUGUGGUUCAGCAAACCUGGGCUCUUCUCUGCAAGAAUUGUCUUAAGAAGUGGAGGACGAGAGGAGCGACCUUCUUGGAAUGGCUUUUCUCGUUUCUGGCGGUCCUGUUUGUAUACCUGAGAUCCUGGAACUUACAUCAGGUUUAUGACUAUCAUGACAUUCCUGCAGCGUAUCUGGGACGUGUCGACCAUUUUAAUGAUUCUGAUUAUGUUAUUGCAUUCGCACCUGAAUCCAACACCACCAAAGAGAUAAUGGACAAAGUGGCUUUAGCCCCAUUCAUGAAAGGAAGAAGAAUCACGGGGUGGCCUGAUGAAAAAGGCAUGGAUGACCUGGAUGUAGACUCCUCUGAAGAUGUCGUGAAAGUCCUCUUUACUGAUUCCUUCUCAUAUCAUCUGAAAUUUGAAUGGGAAUAUAGAAUGCCCGAGAUUAAUGAACACAGAGACCAUUCAGCUCAUUGUGACAUAAUAAAUGAAGAUAUCAUGUGUGAAUCUCUAUCGUUCUGGGAAAGAGGUUUUGUAGCUUUUCAAGCUGCCAUUAACGCUGCUAUUAUAGAAGUUACAACAAAUCAUUCAGUGAUGGAACAGCUGAUGUCGGUUACUGGCAUAAAUAUGAAGAUAUUUCCUUUUAUUGCCCAAGGAGGAGUUGCAACUGAUUUUUUGAUCUUCUUUUGUGUUAUGUCUUUUUCUGCAUUUAUAUACUAUGCCUCAGUCAGUGUCGCACAAGAAAGACAAUACAUUAAGUCACUGAUGACAGUGAUGGGACUUCGAGAGUCGGCAUUCUGGCUUUCCUGGGGUUUGAUGUACGCCGGCUUCAUUCUUAUCAUGGCCACAGUAAUGGCUGUCAUUGUGAAGUCUGCACAAGUUGUCGUCCUAACUGGUUUUGCGGUGGUCUUCCUCCUCUUUCUCCUCUAUGGCCUGUCUUUGAUAACUUUAGCUUUCCUGAUGAGCGUGCUGAUAAAGAAACCUUCCCUCACUGGCUUGGUUGUCUUUCUCCUUAUUGUCUUUUGGGGAUCCCUGGGAUUCACAGCCUUGUACUCACUUCUUCCUGCGUUUUGGGAAUGGACCUUGUGUCUUCUGAGCCCCUUUGCCUUCACUGUGGGAAUGGCCCAGCUCAUACAUUUGGACUAUGAUGUGAAUGCUGAUGCCCAUUUGAAUUCUUUGCACAAUCCACACCUCAUCAUAGCGACUCUUUUCAUGCUGGUUUUUGAUACUCUUCUUUAUCUGGCAUUGACAUUGUAUUUUGACAAAAUUUUGUGCACUGAGUAUGGACAUCGACGUUCUCCCUUGUUUUUCCUGAAAUCUUUUUGGCUUAAACACCAAAGACCUGAUCACAUGGCCCUUGAGAAUGAAAUAGAUUCUGACCCUUCGUCUGAUGACUCUUUUGAACCAGUAUCUCCAGAAUUCUAUGGGAAAGAAGGCAUCAGAAUCAGAAAUCUUAAAAAAGAAUAUUUAGGAAAGCAUGAAAAAAUAGAAGCUUUGAAAGGUCUAGUGUUUGACAUAUAUGAAGGACAGAUCACUGCUCUUCUUGGUCACAGUGGAGCUGGAAAAACCACCUUGUUAAACAUACUUAGUGGACUGUCGGUUCCAACAUCAGGUUCGGUCACUAUCUAUGAUCACACACUUUCGGAAAUGACGGACUUGGAGACUGUCAGAAAGCUCACUGGAGUUUGUCCACAGACCAACGUGCAGUUUGGCUUUCUCACCGUGAGAGAAAAUCUCAGACUGUUUGCUAAAAUCAAAGGGAUUCUGCCACAUGAGGUGGAGCAACAGGUACAACAAGUUUUACGAGACUUGGAGAUGGAAAAUAUUCAAGACAUUCUUGCUCAAAAUUUAAGUGGCGGACAGAGUAGGAAACUCACUUUGGCGAUUGCCAUUUUAGGAGAUCCUCAGGUUCUGCUGCUGGAUGAACCGACAGCUGGGCUGGAUCCUCUCUCCAGACACCGAGUGUGGAACCUCCUGAAAGAGGGGAGGUCAGAUAGAGUGAUCCUCUUCAGUACCCAGUUUAUGGACGAGGCUGACAUCCUGGCUGACAGGAAGGUCUUCAUGUCUGCUGGGAGGCUGAAGUGUGCAGGCUCUUCACUGUUCCUGAAGAAGAAAUGGGGUAUCGGGUACCAUUUAAGUUUGCAUCUGAAUGAAAUGUGUGACCCAGACAGGAUAACAUCACUGGUUAAACAGCACAUCCCUGAUGCCAAAUUAACAGCACAGAGUGAAGAAAAACUUGCGUUUAUUUUGCCUGUGGAGAGGACAAACAAAUUUCCAGACCUUUACAGGGAUCUUGAUAAAUGUUCUAACCAAGGCAUCGAGAACUAUGGUGUUUCCAUAACAACUUUGAAUGAGGUUUUCCUGAAAUUAGAAGGAAAAUCAACACUUGAUGAAUCAGAUCUAGGAAUCUGGAGACAAUUACAAAGUGAUGGAGCAAAAGACGUGGGAAGCCUUGUUGAGCUGGAGCAAGUUUUGUUGCCCCUCAGAGAAGCCAGGGAAGCCAUCAGUGGCAUGGCGCUGUGGAGGCAGCAGGUCCGUGCAAUGGCAAAAGUCUGCUUCCUAAAGUUAAAGAAUGAAAGAAAAAGCCUGUGGACUCUGUUACUGCUUUUGGGGAUUAGUCUUCUCCCUCAAUUUGUGAGAUAUGUAUUCUAUGACUUAUAUCAAAAAAGUGACUCUUGGGAACUCUCUCCAAAUAUGUACUUCCUCUCACCAGGACAAUCACCACAAGCUCCUCUGACCCAUUUGCUGGUCGUCAAUAAAACAGGGUCAAGCAUCGAUAACUUCAUACAUUCACUGAGGCAACAGAACAUUGCUUUAGAAGUGGAUGCUUUUGGAACUAGAAAUGGCACAGAUGAGCCAACAUACAAUGGUGCUAUCAUUGUGUCAGGGGAUGGAAAGGUAGGUUGGACGCUCCUUGCUCCAUGUCACCGAAGAUGACCUUAUGAAUGUGAAAUUCAAACAAUUCACAUCAAGG